AUGCUAGCCGCUAGAAACGUUCUCAGGAACGUUGCUACACCAAUUCGUGUGGCAACUCGUUCCCAAUCCAACAAGGUGGGUGGAUCUGUCAUUGGUAUCGAUUUGGGUACCACCAACUCAGCUGUGGCUGUUAUGGAAGGUAAGCUACCUAAGAUCAUUGAAAAUGCUGAAGGUUCAAGAACUACUCCAUCUGUCGUGGCUUUCUCCAAGGAUGGUGAACGUCUUGUCGGUAUUCCAGCUAAGCGUCAAGCAGUGGUUAACCCAGAAAACACUUUGUUUGCCACCAAGCGUUUGAUUGGUCGUCGUUUUGAAGAUGCUGAAGUUAAGAGAGAUAUUGAUCAAGUUCCAUACAAGAUUGUUAAGCACACCAAUGGUGACGCUUGGGUGGAGGCUCGUGGUCAAGCUUACUCUCCAUCUCAAAUCGGUGGUUUCAUCUUGAACAAGAUGAAGGAAACCGCUGAAGCUUACUUGGGUAAGAAUGUCAAGAACGCCGUGGUUACCGUUCCAGCAUAUUUCAACGAUUCUCAAAGACAAUCUACUAAGGAUGCAGGUCAAAUUGUUGGUCUAAAUGUUUUGCGUGUGGUCAACGAACCAACUGCCGCUGCUUUGGCUUACGGUUUAGAAAAAUCUGAAUCCAAGGUUGUUGCAGUCUUCGAUUUGGGUGGUGGUACUUUUGAUAUCUCCAUCUUGGAUAUCGAUAACGGUGUCUUUGAAGUGAAAUCUACCAACGGUGACACUCACUUGGGUGGUGAAGAUUUCGAUAUUUACAUGUUGAAAGAAAUCGUUGCCCGUUUCAAGCAAGAAUCUGGUAUUGACUUGUCCGGUGAUAGAAUGGCUAUCCAAAGAAUCAGAGAAGCAGCUGAGAAGGCUAAGAUCGAAUUGUCUUCUACCAUUGCUACUGAAGUUAACUUGCCUUUCAUCACUGCUGAUCAAACCGGUCCAAAGCACAUCAACAUGAAGUUCACCAGGGCUCAAUUCGAGACCUUGACUGAACCAUUGGUCAAGAAGACUGUUGAUCCAGUCAAGAAGGCUUUGAAGGAUGCUUCUUUGAGCACUUCUGACAUCUCCGACGUUAUUUUGGUUGGUGGUAUGUCCAGAAUGCCAAAGGUUAUGGAAACCGUCAAGCAAUUGUUCGGUAGAGAACCAUCAAAGGCUGUUAACCCAGAUGAGGCUGUUGCUAUUGGUGCCGCUAUCCAAGGUGCUGUUCUUGCCGGUGAAGUCACAGAUGUCUUACUAUUGGAUGUUACCCCAUUGUCUCUAGGUAUUGAGACUCUAGGUGGUGUUUUCACCAGAUUAAUCCCAAGAAACACUACUAUCCCAACCAAGAAAUCUCAAAUCUUCUCUACUGCUGCCGCUGGUCAAACCUCUGUUGAAAUCAGAGUUUUCCAAGGUGAAAGAGAAUUGGUUAGAGACAACAAAUUGAUCGGUAACUUCACUUUGAGUGGUAUCCCACCAGCACCAAAGGGUGUUCCUCAAAUCGAAGUUACUUUCGAUUUGGACGCUGACGGAAUUAUCAACGUUUCCGCCAGAGAUAAGGCUUCCAACAAGGAUGCUUCCAUCACUGUUGCUGGAUCUUCUGGUCUAUCUGAAGGUGAAAUCGAACAAAUGGUUCAAGACGCAGAGAAAUACAAGUCUCAGGAUGAAGCCAAGAGACAAUCUAUUGAAGCUGCUAACAGAGCUGACCAAUUGGCCAACGAUACCGAAUCUUCUUUGAAAGAAUUUGAAGGUAAGUUAGACAAGGUCGAAGCUCAAAAGGUUCAAGACCAAAUCACUUCUUUGAGAGAAACCGUCGCUCGUGUACAAGCUGGUGAGGAUGUUGGUCCUGAAGAUUUGAAGAACAAGACUGACGAAUUGCAACAAGCAUCUAUGAAAUUAUUCGAACAAAUGUACAAGAACGAUUCCUCUUCUCAAGGUCAAGGUCAAGGUCAAGGUGAAGAACCAAAACAGUAA